UGUCUGUGGAGAGGAAACUUAAGUUCCUCAUCUACACUCGCUGAUUUGACGCAGAAUUGCGACACAUAAUAGUCCCGCCGGCGCAGAACCGCGACACGUGUAACCCUCCACAUCUGGUAGCUCCGAGGAGGAGAAGAAGAAGAAGACGUGACUUGAGUUUGCGUUUGUCCAACGAUGCAGAGUUUCUGACCUCUCUGCAGCUGGUCAGACUGAAGUUUGGGGACUGACAACAUGCGUUCCAGUUUGGAUACACCACCGAGCCGCCUUGGCAGAGGAGGAACUGCCAUCAACCCCCAUAACACUAUCAACACACAAAACACUGGAAACUCAGGUUCCCAGUAUGCUCUUUGUGCUCUCGGGGUUGGGCUCAUCGCCCUGGGAAUAGUGAUGAUCGUGUGGAGCGUCGUACCUGCAGAGGCAUCCGGCAAUAACAGCAGCAGCUCAGGAACGGACGUUGGGAGCAGGAAAAAUAAAGCGUCGUCUGUGGCCUUCGUCUUGGUGGGUUCCGGGGUGGUCAUGCUGCUGUUGUCCCUGUGUGUGGGAAUGAGGAACAAACAGCGAGAGCAGCGGAGUCUCCAGGAGGCCCAGAACAACGGAGGAGUGGCAGAUAUAGAGCAAGAGGAGAGAGAAACUCCUGAGGAACAAGCCCAGAGGUAUGCUGUACCCAGCUAUGAAGAGGCCGUGGGCAGUGGCAAGUACCCCAUUCGUCAGAGCAACCAUUGCCCAAGCUCCUCACAUCUACCUUCCUACGAUGACCUGGUUGAGGUCGAUGGAGUGCAGUAUGAAUAUGAGGGAUCGGAGGUCACAAAUACCGGACCGCAGCCGCCCACCCCGGCUUCCAGUGCGCCGUCUGCUGCCGCCUCCGCGUCAAACCGUAGAGCCGGAAAAACUACCCGCAAUUUCCUCCCCAUCAAGAUCCGCAGGAUUAAAUCGGAGAAGCUUCACAUGAAAAACAUUGAUAACUCUCAGCCAGCAGCUGGAAUCAGUAUUGAGCCACUCACCCCACCACCGCAGUAUGAAGACAAAUUGCCUCCAAUUUAAGAUCAAGUUGAUCAAGCUUAAAAACAAACUACUGAACUUCCUGGAAUCUGCUAUGAUCAACUUCUGUGGAUGUAGAUCUGGCUUGACCAGCCAACACCUGGAAAUGGCUCUUACUGCAAAACCUUCUCAGUGGCACUUUUUAAAUGUAUUUGUCAAAAUGUAUCAUGAAUGCCACAAAUCGCUCCAAAGCAAAUAACAGAAUGAAACUUUAUUUUUGUAAGUUUUGGAAUCUCUGAACCGGCUUAAGACACUUGGUGAGGAACACAGUUGCUGGAUCGUAUCUGGGCACGUUGGAUUCAAAGCAAAGCAGCCACCAAAUGCAGUUUUCCUUUAUGUUUAAAUAGUUUUCUGUUUACCCUACUGCAACUGCCAUCCACUGUGUGCUGACUGCACAAUCAAGUUGACAGUGGAAGAGGUCAUAAUACGUCAGUGCGGAUUUGGGUGAACUUAAAUAGACAUGUGCAGGGAACUCAGUUUGUGAAGCGAGCAGUGCUGAGCGUCUUUGGA